AUGUCCGACAAGCAAUACGCCUACUGUACCCUCAUCACCCGCGCCUCGUACCUCGCGGGUGUCAUCAUCCUCGCCCACACCCUCCGGAAGCGCGGCUCCAAACACCCCCUCAUCGUCCUGUACACCCCCUCCCUCUCUGCCGAUGCUGUCCGGGCUCUCGAGCUCGAAGCCUCCCGCUCCAACCUCCUCCUCCACCGCACCGACAUCCUCCUCCCCCGCAAAGACCUCAAACUCCUUCUCAUCGCCGAGCGGUUCGCCGAUACGUGGACCAAGCUCCGGGUGUUCCAGCUGCACGAGGCGUUCCCGCAAUUCGACACGAUCUGCUAUCUCGAUGCGGACAUGACGGUUCGGAAACCUAUCGAUCAGAUCUUCACGGACCACCCACUCCCUGGACCAGACUGGAUCGCCUCCAACCACGUCUGCGUCUGUAAUCUCGACGGCGACUCCUGGGCUCCCGCGGACUGGACCAAGGAGAACUGCGCGUACACCCCUCUUUCCCACCCUUCGGCCCUUACCCAUCCUACCACCUCCUCUUCGUCCUCUAUCCCCACGCACCAGCUCCUCAAUGGCGGCAUGUUCCUCUUCCGCCCCUCACCCAAGCUAUGGGCAGAUAUGCUCGACUUCUUCAAUACCACCCCUCUCCUCUCGGACAUGAUGUUCCCGGAUCAGGACUUUCUCGCCGAGUUCUUCCGGGAUCGCUGGCUCCCCAUGGGGUGGCAGUAUAAUGCCCUCAAGACCAUGCGGUACUGGCAUGAGAAUAUUUGGCGGGAUGACGAGGUGGUCGUUCUCCAUUAUAUCGUGGACAAGCCGUGGGCGAAGCGGAAUACGCCAGAGGGGAAGGGAGGGUAUUUGGGGAAUGACGGAGAGACCCACAGCUGGUGGUGGGCGGACUAUGAGGAGUGGGUGCGCUCCAGGGGUGACGGGUCGGAGGUGGUCCGGCUGCUGAGCCCGCUGGUCAAUGGUGGGGCGGAUAAGCAGAAGGGUGGUGCGCAGGCGAAUGGAGCGGGAAGAUGCGCAGACGAGGCUGCCGAGGAGGCUAAGGUGGGCGGGGCGGGCGAUGCGAGGCCCUUGGGGAUCUGA